GUGGAGAAGACAGCUUGGAGGAAGAGGACUGGUCUGAUGACUCAUUUGUUGAACAAUAUGAUUCAGACAAGUGUUGGGGAGAAUGGCAGCUACAAGACAACGAUGUGUCGUCGAUUGCUACGGAGGCUCGAUGAUGCUGGCAACAGAGGCAAUUGAGGAAGUUGAAAAGGUUCCGGACUCGAUGGAGGCAGCUGACAAAUCAAUUAAUGUAGACGAACAAAACAUGUUUGAAAAGGCAGCUAGCAGGAAAUCCAAAGAGCAUGAAGGGCUAGCAAGCGAUGAUGAAUUAUUGCAAGCAAGAGUGGAGAGAAUUGCUCAGGUCUGGAGGAAGAAAGGAAAGCAUGCAAAGAAGAAAAUGGUACCCAAAGCAAAACAAACAAGAACUAGAAAGGGAUUCACCUUGGGUAUGCGAUCGAUUGGUGGAAUUGAGGAGCACAAUCAACCUUCAAGCCUUGGCUCGACUUUGGCAAAGAAAAAAAAGCAAGAUUGGAGUGAGGCGGCCAAGGAAUUAUGGAUGUCUGGCAAGAGGUUAGGCUUGGUGGAUGUAGGGAAUGCAGAGCAAAUCACUAAACAUCUAGGUGAUGUGGAGAAAAGAGAUAGAAUCGCUUUGGCAAAGCAAAAGAUGGCUUUAAUGGAGAUAGGGGGAGAAGAAUCUGGCCACCCAUGAAGAUCAUCUCAAUCAAUAUUAGAAGUUUGGGAAGUAGCAGCAAAAAGAAGGCCUUAAAGGAGUUAAUCAAGAAAGAAAAGGUAGAUAUGUUGUUCAUUCAAGAAUCUAAAAUGGAGGUAUGUGACAUUAGACUUUGUAGAUCAAUUUUGGGUGUGGAUAAUUGUGAUUGGGCAGUGAAUCCGGCACAAGGAAAAUUGGGGGGUAUUCUUUGCAUUUGGAAUCUUAGUGUUUUUAUGGUUGAUAAAAAGAUACUAAGAAA